CCUGCUUCUAGACCAACUCCACACUCUACACUCCUACAGAACAACUCCCAACCAACCAACAACAGCAACAACAACAGCAACAACAACAACCAAUCAUGGGUCUCAUGUGGCACAAGGGCUUUGGAGGAAGGAGGGUUGGCGGUGGCAUUGUCGCUGACCGACAUGGUGUCCGACGCGCUCCCUUUCGCAUCUCCUGCGGCGGCUUCUCUUGUUUCCGUUAAGCAGCUGCCCGCUUCUCGUCAACGAUUCACGACUUGCACGCGGACACGGCUCUUAAGCGACGACUGAGCGCCUGUAUUCUCAGUCCCCGCAACACCUACACCCUGAUGAUUUUAGCUUGCGACGGCGUUAUGGCUGGAACACAAACACAGAUGGCAGCACAGCAGAGGAAAGCUAAGCAUGGUUCUUGGACGCAACAUGCAACAUCACGCCCCCCUGCGACCAUACCCAUCUAUCCUGAAUACCCUCAGUAGCCUAAUAAAAACAAUGUUCAUUUGACUCGC